UGAUCGGGUCCCGCUAAGUUCGUCUUGUCUCUGCAUAUCAAUUAUUGUUUGAACGAUGCAGGAUUGAGUUGGAAAAGGGGAAAGAAAUAUGGAAGACGGCGAAAAAAACAAAGACAUAGAUGUUGUGAAAACAAGCGAAAUAAGUGUUAUCGAAAAAGAUGAAAAUGACAAUUUUGAAAGCCACCGAAAGUUGUCUGUAUCGUCUAUAUCGUCUUCGUUGUCGCACGAGAACGUCUCGAAUGCGUUUUCACGAGCCACUGACACUUCAGAUAUGCGACUGAUCGUUGAAGGGAAACCUUUAUACGUUUCCAGAUUAGUUUUAUCCAUAAUUUCACCAGUGUUUAAGGAAAUGUUUGAAAGACGUGCCAGGGAGUUAUCACUCUUUGAAAUUCCACUUUCUGGUCGAAAAUAUGAUGAAAUGCUGGAAUUCUUGUACAGUGUUUAUCCUGACAGUUUAAAACCUAUUUCAGAUGAAAACCUUUCUGUGUUGCUCAAACUUUCAGAAGAAUAUAAAGUACAAACGUUAAAGAAUCGUUGCUCACAGUUUAUGUUGAGACAGAUAGAGAAUGGACCAAAAUCAUUACCAGUUGAACAGCUCGUCUGGUUCAUGAAAUUGGCAGAUCAUUAUAAACUUGAAACAAUAAUAGACAAAGCUAUAGAACAGGCAACCAGAACGCCCUCAGAUUUGUUGGAAAACAAUUCAGAAUUUUAUGACCUUUCACCAACAACAACUACAAAAAUAUUUAUGGGAAGACUGCGGCUAUUUGAAAAGGCCCAUCAAAAAAUUCAGAAGAAAGUAGCAGAAAUUGAAGCCCACUGCAGCGUUUAUCAUAAAAAGGACAGUAUUUGUACGAAGUGUUACGUAUCAAUAGGAAAAUUAGCAGUGGGCGAGUUUUCAAGGUUAUGACAUUUAUAUCAAAAAAGUUCUCAAUGUGGUUGUAACAGCAAACUUAUAUAUAAAUAAACAAUCAAAAUACAUUAAAGAAUCGCCAUUGGUAUUCGUGUACUGCAGCACAAGUAGUUAAUAACGAAUGUACAGAGAUGGUGAAAUAGAAAUUAUCUACAGAUAGUCAGUGCACAAACAGAUAUUUUUUUUAAUGUUUUUUUAUACGUAUUAUGGUAUACAUAUGCAUAUACAGUUGUCCUUCCUUCGUCAACAAAUCGGACA